AUGUCCUACGUAUUGAAUUACGUUGCAAGUCCAGUUAGAAACUAUGUUUCUUCCAUACUUGUUUCAGCACUUUCAAAAUACAUUAUUGGAAUUGAAGUUAAUUCAUUGGGAAUUCUCAGCCAAGAACUAAAUCUACAGAAUGUGGAGCUGAAUUUAACGUCAAUCGAGGAGGAUCUCGGCCUUCAGCUUCCGAUUGUUAUAAAAUCAAGUUUCGCAAAGAGCUUAAAGAUUGUGAUUCCUUGGACGUCCCUUCUCUCAUUGCCGAUCGGAGUCUAUAUCGAUAACUUAGACAUUGAAAUCGGAGAUAAGAAAACCGUAUGCAUGGAGUUGAUAUGUAACACAUAG